GGCGGAGACGCCGCUGCUGCGUCACUUCGUCCCCGGGCUCAGUGCGGAGUGAAGAUGGCAGAGCAGCAGGCCGCGGACUCGGAGCUGGACGAGUUACUGGACAGUGCUCUCGAUGACUUUGACAAGAACAGCGCGCCCCGUGCGGCUCCUGAAGCCGCUGCAGCUCCCAGUGAAGAAGCUAAAAGUGCAGGGCCAAAUCCCCCUCUGCUGGAAGACAGUCAGUUCUUUGAGUCUCUGUUUGAGGGGGAGAUGGCCAAUCAGGCAAAGGAGGAGUGGGAGAGGGCAAUGGCUGAGCUGGCGCAGGAAGAGCCAGAGCUGCUGCAGCAUUUCCAUAAACUGUCAGAGGCUGCUGGGAAAGUCGGCACAGAUCCUGCUUCUCAGCAAGAGUUCACAUCCUGCCUUAAAGAGACGCUGAGCGGAUUAGCCAAAAACGCAGACAACCUGCAGGCCGCUGGACUGGCUGGAGAUGAUCUAGCAAAAACUCUAGAAGGGUUAGGAUUGGAGGAUGGUGAAGGCGCAGGGGAAGAUGGGAACAUUCUGCCAAUCAUGCAGUCUAUUAUGCAGAACCUCCUGUCAAAAGAUGUCCUCUACCCCUCCCUCAAAGAGAUCACAGAGAAGUACCCAGAGUGGCUGAGCAGUAACAGACAGUCCCUCUCACCUGACGACCUCCACCGGUACGAACAGCAGCACAAAAUAAUGGGGGAGAUCUGCAACCAGUUUGAGAGACAAGGAGAAAAAGAGAGCACAUUUGAAAACAUUCUAGAACUCAUGCAGAAGCUGCAGGAUCUGGGACAGCCACCAAAAGAGCUCGCCGGAGAGGCACCACCUGGUUUGAACUUUGACCCGGAGUCACUGCACCUGCCCGGAGGUCUGGGUGCGGCCGGGGCUGAUCAGUGUUCAGUGAUGUGAGGCUGCAGUGUUUGUAUGUGUGUGUGUGUUUGCACCCAUCAAACCCUAAACCUGCCUCCCCCUCCUCUGCUCACUCUUCGUUCCCUGUAGUCACGCUGGAGCAGCCCAGUAACAUUCUUUCUGCGGGUGAGGGUGGGGUUUACUCUGGUGGUUCAACUUGCUCAUAGUAACUAAUUUUGCACUUUUUCACCUGAUGACAAGUCGAGCAGCUAGAACCGCGUGCCUGUUCCGUUAAAGAUAGAGAUGAGAACACCGUGGGAGGUGAGCGAAUGGGAUUUUAAAGUGUGACUCCAAGGAGGGACACUGGAUCAAUAAUUAUAGCAACUGCGAAAUUAAUAAGCUGUAAUUUAAAUGGUUAAUAAUUUUUAUACAUUAUAUUUUCAGCAUGUUUAUUUUUUUUAAACAUGCUGAAUCAUUGUUCCGUUUCUUUUUCAUAAUUAAUCAGUGACCAAAACUGAUUUUCUUAAUAUUUCAGCCUUUAAAAUUAAGUGGUUUUCACUUUUCUCCCUGAGUGAGCCUGAUUAGCAUGGUUUAGGUAGCCUUGUGUAUUUUCCUUUUGUCUGAUUACAGUGAAUUGUAUGCUGGAUGAUGUUUUGAUCAUCUAAAAGUGGAUAGAAGUGAUGCGUCUGAUCUGUUUUGCCUUCUGAAAUUCUUUACAAGUGGACAUAUUAGGCAUUUUUGCAAUAUUAAAGGUAUAAUCCAGUGGUUUUAAAAGUGAAAUCUGUACAGUAGCAUUAGCAGUAGCAUACGGUCAAUUACUACAGACAAUCAUUUCAACAUGAGCCUGGAUAAGAACAGAAAACCAUUUAUCUAAAACUCACUUAUAAUAGGGUUCAGUGAGCAGAUGCUUUAAAGAUGUUCAUCCUAAUCUGCUUUAUUUGUAGCAAAUGAUUGAUUAUCUCAGACUAAUAUAAUUUUAACAAUGUUGCUUUGAAUCUGACUUAUUAUAGAAGCAAGUGGGACCAUGCUAAAAUUGUGUUCCAUUGCUGUCCAUUAUAAGUAUUUUUGAUUAAAUAUUAUUAUUAUUAUUAUUAUUUGACUUUAAUACCUAAAUUUGUGUCUGGUAAUUAAUCAUUUCCUAAACAUGCAGCAAAAAAGAAUAAAGCACCCCCUUACAUAGCCAUUGACUUCUACUGUAAGCAUUGUUUGACUAAAUGGCUUUUCUUUAACGAUAGAAAACCCAUAUUGUCUAUUGUAAUUACCUGUAUACUAAAAUGCUGCAAAUACUGUAGGGAUGAAUUAAUACACACACCCUGCUUCCAUUACAAACCUGUUAAUACCAGUUCAUUGUAAAAGUGUAAUUUUACAGAUGAUUAUGCUCUGAUUCAGCUCUGAGUUGUGUUUAAUGAUAUUUAUCUACCAUUGUACCUCAGAUAAUGGGGGAAUGUUCAAAUUAAAAUUCUUAAAGAUUGUGCUUUUAUUUUGAAAGCUGAGUUUAAGGUAUGUAGAUAUGGUUGUUAGCAUAGAUUUCAAUGAGAGAAGAGCACAUAACCUCAACACUCAGGAGUUCAUUGAACACCUACGCACUUAAAUCAGCUCAACCUUUCCUCACAGUACACAGUUAUACCUGUCCACUACACUGUGAACAGAAUACGCAACUACAGUGAAGAAAUAAAAAACAUUAAUCAAA